GGGUUAUUAACUAAAGGCGAACUUGAGACCAGCCAUGUCCCUGAACGCCGCCUGUAGUUCGGCGGCUAAUAGUUCAUCCGUAGGCACCGCCGGCACAAAGGAGUUGGAGAUGAUUGUAGCCGGAGAACUUGUAGUUAAACUCACAAACCGUGAUCUACGAGAAGACGCGCUUCUCGAACUCUGUAAGAGGAAAGAAAUCUUCCCAGAUUUAGGGCCAUUGAUAUGGAACACUGCUGGAACUAUUGCAGCCCUCCUUCAGGAAAUCCUUUCAAUUUACCCGGAUUUGUCUCGUUCUCAAACCCUAACUCUUGCACGGUCAACUAGGGUUUGCAAUGCCGUAGCUCUUCUCCAAUGUGUGGCUUUACAUCCAGACACAAGGAUGCCGUUCUUAAGGGCUAAUAUUCCUUUAUAUCUCUACCCUUUUCUCAACAACAUGAACACCUCCACGCCUUUCGAAUACCUAAGGCUUGCGAGCCUCUCCCUCAUCGGAGCAUUGGUGAAGGAUGAUGAUACUGAAAUCAUUCGUUUCCUACUCGAUAACGAAAUUUUCCCCUUGUGUUUAGGUAGAAUGGAGAAUGGUGGUGGUGAAUUGUCAAAAGAAGUUGCUAUCUACAUUGUACAAAAGAUUUUGUCGACUGAUGUAGGGUUGGAUUAUGUAUGCGUGAACGCAGAGAGGCUUUUGUUCUUCAUCCGUGUCCUUGGAAGUGUGGUUGGUGAACUUGUUAAUGAAAGACCUUCUCUAAAGAUCUUAAAACGUAUCAUUGGGUGCUACCUUCGGUUAUCCGAUAACCCAAUGGCUUGUGAAGCUCUCCGAGUAGAUGGUCUCCCUGACGUUCUCAAAGAUGACACUUUUAAUGGUUGCCUCCGUGAAGAUCCGUCAACAAGAAAAUAUCUGCUCGAGUUGCUUUACAGAGUCCUAGGUCUUCCGGUUCCCUUGCAAAAUUGGGACAUGACACAGGUUCGAUCAUAUGCUCGUUAG